AUGCCCGAGAGAGAACCUCAGGAUAGUCGCCCCAGAGAGCCGAGAAGGAAGACCAGGAAGUCAUCUCGAGCCCGAGGGAACCCAUGUAAAGUUUACACCCUCGAGCCCGCCGAAGGAGACCCAGGAAGUCGCCAGAGCCCCGGGGAAGAAGACCCAGAAAGUUCACCGAAGUCACCCUCGAGCCCCGAGGAAAGGAGAUUCACCAGGGAAGUUCGCCAGGAAGCCGAGAAGGAGACCCAGGAUAGUCACCCCGAGCACCGAAGAGGAGAUCAGGAAUCACCCUCGAGCUACCGAGAAGGAGACCCAGGAAGUCGCCAGAGUUCCGGGACAGGAGACCCAGGAAGUCGCCCAAAGAGCCCGAAAAGGAGAUCCACGGAAAUGUCGACCCAAGAGCUCGAGAAGGAGACCCAGGAAGUCGCCCAGGAGCUCGAGGAGGAGCCCAAGGAAGUCACCUCGGGCCCGGAGAAGGAGACCCAGAAAAGCCCAUACCGUUCCUACCGACGAUUUGGAGGUCCCAGGGACUUCUGGGUCCUCCUAGAGCCCGAGAAGGAGACCCAGGAAGUCUCCCUAGAGCCCGUGAAGGAGACCCAGGAACCCGAGAAGGAGACCCAGGAAGUCGCCCCAGAGGCCGAAAGGAGAGACCAGGAAGUCGCCCGAAGCCCGAGAAGGGGAGACGCCAGAAGUCUCCCUAGAGCCCGAGAAGGAGACCCAGGAAAGUUCCUCCCAGAGCCCAAGAAGGAGACCCCCCAAGGAAGUCUUCCAUAG